AAUUGCAAUAAUAUUUCACAAUAUUACUGCUUUUUGAUCUUCAAUCAAAUAAACGCAGCCUUGAAUUAAAAAUCUCACUGAUCCCAAACUUUUGAACAGCAGUGUAUACUAAAAGAAAAAACAUAAAUAAAUCUAAAAUCUACUUUGCAACUUAAAUUAUACUGACAUCAAUAAUAGUAAUAGCAAUACAGUUUUGUAAAUAUAUAAAUACAAGUUAGUCAGAAUUUAAAUAUUCAUGAAGAAUGGCAAAUAUACCUAUAUGCAGUGUAACCCACGCAUAAAUAAAUACAUAAAUAAAUGCAAAUAAAAUAAUACAAUAAACAAACUAAAGAACAAAACAAAUAUAUAAUAUAUAUAUAAUAUAUGAAUAAAAAUAUCUGCAUAAAAAUCACAGUAUUUUACGGCAAAAUUACUGCUAAAUCAAAAUGUAUUAUCCCAUUAUUUUUUUUUAACAGUAUAUUCCAAUGUAACAUAUUAAUUAAUCGAGCAAUGGUGUGAACUUUGCCAUUUUGUACUUGCAUUUUAAUACAAAGGUUUACUUUCUCCAAAGUUUUCUUAGGCAGCACCGGAAUUGUUUUAGACAUUGCAGAAAUAAUCUUUUCCUUUUAGCCCUCUAGUAAGCAAAAGCUUUGAAUUGCCGGUGGAGUCGAAUGUCGAUCGGCCACUGUGUAACUGCUGUUGACUGUAGUUACAGUUCCAUGAGCUGCUUGUCAUUUCCUAUUUACCAGCGCGCGCUCUUCAUUAUGUUCGCGCGACUCUAGUUGUCAAGGAGACGCAAACCAUUCCAUAUAACAAAAGCCAACGUUACAAAGUUCUCCAGUGCUUGUGCGAUCAAUUAAAACAUAAAAGCAGCGGUGAGGAGAAAGCUGGAAACCUGUUGUCUGUUAUGUGAUGGUCCUAUCCAGUAUUUCUAGUUGACAAUGGAAUGCACCAUCCCAGCAUCACCUGACGUGGAGAGAAGUGUUGAAGACUCAAAGAUUCUCAAAGAUUUGUCUUCAAACUCUGAUGCUGGCAGAAGUGAAAAUCCAUAUAUGGAGAUGACAGAAUCCAGUCCUGAGGAUGAACAAACCAUAAUAUCAACAACAGACUCCAGCUACAUUGUCACCUGUACAGUCAGCAUUGCAUUAGCUAUCUUUAAAGAGCAUGAGGAGUAUCUUGCUAAUUCUGAGAAAAGAAAAAAAGAGACAAAGAAAGAUGCAUCCAGUGAGGUAGUGGAGGCCCCCAGAGCCGAGGGCUAUUAUUGCAUUGAGUACAACAUGAAGCCUGAUGACCCUGAACCGACCAGAGUGGAUCUAGUGAUGUUUGGCUUGGCGGCUAAACUCUACAUGGCGAAUGAGACUAAGGUGCUGAAGCCUUGGCGAGAAGGAAACCAGGUGUGGGUGAGCUGGUCUCAGACCUUAAAACUCAAUGUCACCAGAGAACUCCUGAUUAAAAUGGCCUCCCAUAAGAUCACCGUUAGGGUAUGGGACAGCAAAGACAAAGUGUCUUUCAAAGCCAGAAAUGACAGACCCAAAGCCUUCAGACUGCCACAGGAAAGGUCUGGAGAGGAUCCAGAUCAAAUGGGUGGCAUCAGGAAGAUAGUUUGUGAGAUGAGAGCUAUCUAUAAGAAGGAGAACCUGAGAACAAGGUCAUCUAUGAAAAACUGCACAGAUCUGGUGCCAGCCGACUAUAGGAAGCGUUUGGAGGCUUGCUGUGUCACAGUUCCAAGCAAGAGUGGGAUAACAAUAGAAAAGAGCCAAACAUCGCCCACUAAGAAGACACUGUUCCAGAAACCCACCCAGGAUAUUGCAGAACUCGUGGAGGUAAAACCGGAAAAGGAGGCCGCCUCACUGGAACUCAGUUUCGCUCCUCUCCUUGCAGGGAGUAUGACGCUUAUUGACCGCCUGGGAUUCUGUUCCGGAGGAGUAAAAGAGGGAUUCUGGAAUAUCACUCUUAAUCAGCCACUUAUAACCGAGCAGCUGAAGGCUGAACUCAAUCCACUAGUCAUCACUCUUUCAUCAGCUUCUUCUCUACCAUCAUCUCCUGUUCCCUUCCAUGUACUUAAGGCGAAAUGUCUUCCUGUCUACUGCCAGUACAAGUUCCACAACAUGCCUGUUUACAGAACCAAAGGGCAUGAGCACAACGCUAAUAUCAACUUCAAGGACGUGAAUGUGAUUUUUACUGGUCUGUUGAGCCCUGGAAAGCUGUUUGAGUUUCUUAGAGGUCCACCCAUGAAGAUUGAAGUGCAUGAUCGGGAUAGAAAAAAUGAAAAACCCUCCAGAACAGCAGCUAUAUUUGGGACUGAUCCCAGUGAUGCCAAAGAAGAUUUAUGGGGUACUCGUAAUGCCUUAAAAGCAGACACUGAACUUCAUGAUUCAUACGGCAUAGCAAAAUUAGAUUUUUCAGAUCUUCUCAGAGGAUGCAGAUACUUGAAGCUGAAACUGCCCAUUAGGAGUAGUUCUUCUGAGGUUCCCUCGGACGUUGCAAUGCCAGUGGGUCAUUAUCUUGAAGCUGACGCCCAAUUGAAAGUCCAGGUGGAGAUAGCAAAUACCCUUCAUCCUGAAAAUAGCAACAGUAAAGAAGAUUGUCCUUUCGGUCGCAUCAUUUAUGUCUUCAACUAUAACAACAUUCCCGUCUUAGCCAAACUGACAUCAGAAAUUCUACAAAUCAACGCAGUUGCCUUCCAACUAAAUCGUUAUCCAGAGGAAACAAUUCAAAGGGUCCUGUCAGGUCAUAAAAUAACUGCCAAAGACGGAGAGAACAAAAGGCUGAAUGUUCUCACUGGAUUUCAUAUGAUGGAUAAGGCUCUACACCUUUUUGUUCUGGAAGGAUUGAAAGAUCAAGCAGUCAGAAGACUGUGGACUACAGUGCCUAUGAAGUUGGACGGCGAUGAGGAGGAACAGGUGACUGUGCUGUAUAACUCAGACUUGAGUUUCUCCGAGCGACUGUAUGACACCCUUGACAUGGGCCUGAGUCCGGUUUGCCUUGUGAAGCCACUUGAGAACAUUUUGAUGGAGCCGCUGGUGUUUAUCAGAAAUACGGUUCCUCAUGCCUGUCUCGAAGCCAUGAAACGAAUAAGCCACAUCUGUCAAGCCAAGAAGCUUCAAGAGGUAGUGCACCAUGACCUGUUCCCAUCAGCCGACAUGGUUCAAAGCUUAAGCGAAGAGUUUGGAUUGGAUCUUGGGAGAGAAGAGCUAUGGUUGGUGACAGAAACACAGCAAUCUCAGGAUAUACCUGAUCAUCAUAACAUUAGAAAGAGAACUUACACACCUCUAGACAACUUCAACAGAGAAUAUUUCCAGUGGAAACGGAAUGAGGGUAAAAAUAUGAAGGACUUUAUACAGGGAAAUAUUGAAGACAUCCACAGGGCGAGUAGCGACUUACAGAAGUCAAAGCCUAAUGUGUUUUUGACAAAUUUUACAGAUGGUCAAACCAUCGGUUACCACAAUGUUCAAACUGUGAACUCUCCCAAUCAGGGUGGAGAACUACUCUACAGAGAAUUUUUGAAGGACUCCACUUGUAUUCGCUUCUCUUACCCAGGUUUUAAGAGCAGUAUUGAAUCUAACCAGCACCCAAAGCGGCCAGACGACGCUCGGAUAGAGGAGCUGAAAAAGCCUUGGAGAGAAAACAUUUUCCAUGGGAACAAAUUGAAGCCAACGCUUUCCAGAUCCAGGUUGCCAUGGAUUCACAGAUAUCAGGAUUUUGAACUUUACGCCAAGCCCCCGUUAGAGUUUGGACCAGAGCUCCCCAUGAGCAUCCAUUUAGCUGGAGAGCCACUCCAUGAGGAGCAGCUCCAGGCUGCACAUGCGCAGUACAACAGGUGGCAGAGGAAGACAUUGUUCGAUGAGACCUCUACAGGAAGUGGAAGAGUUCCUGAGUUCAGAUGUCACAUGAAGAAAGCUGAUCUGGAUAAACUACAAGGCAUACUAAAGGACAGGCCCAUGAAAUAUUCUCUGAAGAGGCCAGGAAUGGCUUUAAAAGUAACAACAAGCUGAAUAAUUUCCUGAAAUGACAUUACAGCAAAACAUAAAAAUACGCAUGACAGUCAAAUAUCAUUUUGAAAAUGA